AUGGCCACCGAGACUCAAGGUGGGCGCUUUCCGCGGUUGCUGCAGGCAGCCAUAGAUGCGUUCAGCCUGCCGGACCUGCGCGCAAAGAUCCUCUUUACCUUGGCGAUACUGGCCCUGUAUCGCUUUAUCGCGCACAUUCCGCUGCCAGGGAUUGACCAACUCCAGCUCGAUAACCUUUUCCGCAACAACGAGUUACUGGGGUUUCUGGAUCUUUUCAGCGGCGGCGCGCUCAGCAGGAUGAGCAUCGUCGCGCUGGGUGUUUUCCCCUACAUCACGGCUUCGAUCGUCAUCCAGUUGCUGACGCCCGUCUUCCCGCAGCUGCAAGAAAUCUCCCGGGAGGGAGAGGCCGGGCGAGCCAAGAUGAACCGCAUCAUCCACUGGCUGACGGUGCCGAUCGCGCUGGCACAGGGCUACGGUCAGCUAGUGUUGCUGCAGCAGAGCAAUGUGAUAGCCAGCGUUGGCUUUACCGGGGAUGCGCUUCUACCCACGGUGGCGGCCCUCUUAUCCAUAACCGCAGGGACGAUGUUCCUGGUGUGGCUUGGUGAAAUGAUCACCGAGCGGGGCAUUGGGAAUGGAAUCUCGCUGAUCAUUUUCGCGGGUAUCGUUGCCGGGUUCCCGAGUCUGCUCACCCAGGGUUUCCUUGACCGGGACAACGUGUUGGGCGUCGGUUUCUUUGCCAUUAUCGGCGUGGUGAUCAUCGCCCUCAUAGUACUGUUCAACGAGGCUCACCGCCGCAUACCAGUGCAGUAUGGCCGCAGUAUUUUCCGGGGCGGAAGGAUGUAUCGGCAAAGUGGCGCAACCUAUUUGCCUCUGCGAAUAAACUCGGCGGGAAUGAUACCUCUCAUUUUUGCCUUCUCCAUAGUUAUUUUGCCGGGCACCAUCGCGACUUACCUGUCGACCAACACCACAUGGGUUGGCGAUGUGGCCAAUUUCUUCGCCGUCCUGCUAGUGCCCACGUCGCCCCUUUACUGGGGGAUGGUGUUUGUGCUGGUGGUGUUGUUCACUUUCUUCUACACGCUGGUGAUCUUCAACCAGCAAAAUCUGGCGGAGAAUUUGCAGCGCAAUGGCGGCUUCGUGCUGGGCAUAAGACCAGGCAGGCCAACGCAGGACUAUUUGAACCGGGUGAUCGUGCGCAUCACCAUGGGCGGCGCGCUCUUCCUCGGUUUCGUUGCCAUAGUACCGUACCUGGCGUCGCUGAUUACAGGGGUACAGGCGAUCUCGCUCAGCAGUACCAGUUUGUUGAUCAUGGUGGGAGUCGGCCUGGAUACCAUGCGCCAGCUGGAAGCUCAGCUAACCAUGCGAAACUAUGAAGGAUUCCUGAGAUAA